CCCGGGGGGCGGGACCGGGACCGGGCCUUCUCCGGCCGUCUCUUGCCUCGACGGAAACGUUCCCCAGCGUUUGUCGUGGAGGUGCGAGCUAGCCGCAGUUAGGGGGUUGCAAGAUGGACCUCGGCGCAGGUGGUGUGUCCCGACUGCGGGUUCUGGCUUGCCUGGCAUCCAGACUUGAGGCUAAACAGCUUGGGCUGUCGAGGAGUUGACUUUGUUUCUUCCGGGGUAAUGUUUGGGCUUCUAAUUUACCCCCGUCUCCAGGUUGUAAAACCUGGAUGCUCUGUGUGAUACCUUCAGUGAGGGUGAAGAGAAUGUUAUCUUAUGGUCACAGGAAAAAAAAAAGUGUACCUUUUCAGCUGCAGUAUAAAAAUGAAUGUAAUUCUGGGUUCUCAUACCUUUUGGGAAAAAAAAAAAAAAGCUGAAUAGGCUUUCUUCAGAUUUUGAGGUGGUCUAUCUCUAGGCUAAAAAUGACCUUGAGUAUUUCUAGGCAAUAGGUAUGUAGUUAAGAAAGCAAUAAUUUAAUGGAAAAAUAAUUGAUAUCGAGGUUUAACAUUUAAAUUCUCCACUGGUGUUGUUUAUUUCGAUAACACAGCAACAGAGGUAUAGUUAAAAAAAAAGCAUACAUUUCACUUGUGUACCUGAAAUUGGUUUUCACGUAUUUCUCUUUUCCUCAUAAAGCGCAUGUCACUGUUGUUUGAAAUGUGUUAGUGCUUCAUUUUAUGGAAGUGGAUGGAAGAGGGUUACCUAGUUCUGAUUUGACCAGCGAUACUUUUCCCAUAGAAGAAAAAGUAUUUUUGGAAGCCCAAGCCUUAAAAUGGCCAGGAAGAGACUUACAAGGAAUGUGUCAGUCAGCUUGUUGGUUAGUAGUCAGUGGAAUUCAGUUCUAAAAAAAUCAGUGCUUUUCCAGCUAAAGCAAAGCUUGGAGUAGACUGAGCAUUAACAGCUUGAGUUGUUUGCGCGGGAGGGUUUGGUUAGACAGAGCCCUGCUCAUGUGAGUACCUGCUGGGGCUUCAGCAGAAGCAGGCUGCAAAGGUUCUAUAGAACGUGCCUGAAAAAGGUUAUUUUUAUGGAUUGUGAGCGCGUGUGUGUGUACGCAUAUGUUCUUACAUAUAUAUUUGUAUGUGGGUGUAUCUUAUCUAACUCAGCAGCUCAUAGGUUUGCUUUUGGUUUUGUGUUUAGACAUUAUUCUCAAGAUACUACUUUUUUUCUUUUCAGGCUUUGAUUAGUAUUUUAGACUCAUAACAUACAUUUCUCUGGAGCUGAUGUUUUCCUAACAUUUUCAGCUUGGCCUAAAAAGCUACUUUGCUGGAAUGUUUUAAAGGGUUAAAAACCCUUUUGGAUUUGAAGUUCAUUUAAAUUAAUUGAAGGAAAUACGUCUGGCCUCACCAAAGAAAUAACUGGAAUCAUGGAUCAGAACAAUAGCUUGCCAACCUACGCUCAAGGCUUAGCCUCCCCUCAGGGUGCAAUGACUCCAGGAAUUCCAAUUUUUAGCCCAAUGAUGCCAUAUGGCACCGGAUUGACACCACAGCCUGUCCAGAGCACCAACAGUCUGUCCAUCCUAGAGGAACAGCAGCGGCAGCAGCAGCAGCAGCAAGCAGCACAGCAAUCUACAUCACAGCAAGCGACGCAGGGAACGUCUGGUCAAACUCCCCAGCUCUUCCACUCACAGACUCUUACCACAGCCCCUUUACCGGGAACCACACCUCUGUACCCCUCUCCAAUGACUCCGAUGACUCCAAUAACUCCUGCAACCCCGGCAUCCGAGAGCUCUGGGAUAGUGCCACAGCUACAGAAUAUUGUGUCCACGGUGAAUCUUGGUUGCAAACUUGACCUAAAAACUAUUGCGCUUCGUGCCCGAAAUGCUGAAUAUAAUCCCAAGCGUUUCGCUGCUGUUAUUAUGAGAAUAAGAGAACCGCGUACUACUGCACUUAUAUUCAGCUCUGGAAAAAUGGUGUGCACGGGAGCGAAAAGUGAGGAGCAAUCCAGACUGGCAGCAAGGAAGUAUGCAAGAGUUGUUCAGAAACUGGGUUUUCCUGCAAAAUUUUUGGAUUUUAAAAUUCAGAACAUGGUGGGCAGCUGUGAUGUGAAAUUUCCCAUCAGAUUAGAAGGANGUUUAAACACUGUCACUCUCUUCUCUUACAGCUACGAGCCAGAAUUGUUUCCUGGCUUAAUCUACAGAAUGAUUAAGCCAAGAAUUGUUCUCCUUAUUUUUGUUUCUGGAAAAGUGGUUUUAACUGGUGCUAAAGUACGAGCUGAAAUCUAUGAAGCCUUUGAAAACAUCUAUCCUAUUUUAAAGGGAUUCAGAAAGACAACGUAACGGUUUCUACAUCUUUCAGAGAAAUCGGGGGGAUAUUUUAAAAGGUAUUGCGUAUGGCACAGCAGUAACGAGAUGGACUUCCAGUGAAACUGCAACACCAGGACUUGGACUAUUUCCCAGUUAGUGCCUACUUCCCUGAUGCUCAAGGGGAACUGUAUUAUUGAUUACGUCUACUGAGUUACUGUGAGUUGCUUUACUGGGCUGUUCCUGCAGCAGUCCCUCCACGUUUUAUUUAUAUUCUAGCUUUUAAAUAGUUUUAAUGCCAGUUCUAUUAAUAGAAAAUCCGUAAGUUGGUUUAAAAGACAAAUGCAACUGUGUCACUCAGUGUAUAAACCACUUAAAUCACCAUGUAUAUAUGUUUUAACUUCCAUAAGACCAUGGUUUUUAUAAUUUUCAGAACUUAAGCUUUUAAAUUUUUUCAAUUUUAAAUUUCUUUGGUGCCAGACACAUUCCCUCUUUCCAGUAUUAAGCAAGACAGAAUAAAUUUAUUAAUGAAAAUGGCUCACUGUACAUAUAUAUAUAAUAUAUACCUUCCUUCUCUUUCCUCCUUCAGCUCCACAUGUACAAUAAACCCUGUUUAUACGAUUAUGGGAACUGUCUUAAUGAAUUUUAGAAUUACCCAGCUGGUAGAGUGAAAUACAUUGAAAACUUUUUUUUUUUAAUUAAUCUGGAUUUUUCAGUAGCACAUGCACUGCUGUAAGUGAGUGACUUGUCAUUCUGAGAGCAUCUCAGCAAUGCUCUGGCUUGCUUACCAGCAGUCGUAUCCUUGGCAACGUCUAGCUUGAGCAUUUCUACUAUGUUAAAGCAAAAGAGAUAACUGGUUAAAGAAGUUUGUGUUCAAGUAUGUGUUGCCUCGUCUUCAACAGAGUGGAUUUAUGCAAGUCUUAAGUAACUACGCUUGACUGAAUUGGAACAAGAGAUCCCUGCUUAGCUUCUAGAAUUUCUUUAAAU